UGUCCUGUAUUAUGUUCACUACAAAAUACUAGUGUUUGUUUUGACGGCAUAAGUCUUUUUAUUUUGAAGUUCCAAACCGGAAGCGCUGCUUUGGCAAGCAAUCGCGAACAGCUGGUAAAGAUAAUUCACAACAUAACUUAUGUACUCUGUUUAAAUAACGCCGUAGUACCUUUGGAGCAUUUACAUUCUUGACACAGUUGAGAUUGUCAGUAAAUCUAUUUUUCAACCCGUUGACUGUCACUUUCUUGAGCGUUUCUCCGCCGUUUAAUGUGUUUUUUGUGGACUUCUUCUCCUGCGUGGCUCCGCCUUCACAUUCCUGAGCGUCUGGGCUGCGAGGAGCAAAGAAAACCCAGGCGAGACCACAGGAGACUGUCCAAGGACCAGAACCAGAGGGGAGAUGACAAUAAACAACAUUUAUCAGCCUGAAUCCCACCGCCUCAGUGCUCUUCACACGUGUAUCUCUCUGUAAACAAGCCGGACGCGUUUCCGCUGUUUGAAAUUUUACUUUUCUCGUCUCGCACAAGUUCUUGGGAACUUUUUUUUUUAAAGUUAGUUGAAGCUUGAGUCCCCCUGACUCCCUGCUUGGGUUCACUCCUGAAGGGAGUCAAAACGAGUAGAUAAUCAUCCCCAAGGCCGCAGAUUUCUGGAGGAAAUCAUGGAGAUCCUUGACAGCAGCGAGCCCUUCCUGCACUGGGACAGAAACCUCAGCGAGCUGUCCGAGGACGGGGAGAUCGACUGUGUGCUCUACACCAACCACUUCUCUGAACUCCUGGAUGACCUUUCCCAAGAUGCUUUGCUGGGCCAGCUCCUCAGCGACCCGUUCCUGUCCGGAGGGCGAGGUGGGGUGGAAGCCAUGGAGGGAGAGGACGGCAGCGAGCUGUCCCCGUCCUCCCCUCUGCCCCCGCACAUCACCGCCGAGCACAGCUACUCGCUGUGCGGCGACAGCCGGCCCCAGUCGCCGCUGUCGCACCUGGCCGGAGAGCAAGGCAGCGACGCAGAGUCGGAUGGAGAUUCAACCGAGUGGGCGAUGGAGCAGGAGGAGGCCAUCGAGGGCCUCUUGUGUGAGACUCCGUCUCUGCUCCCUACCCUCUCCCUCUCUCUGAACUCCAGCGAGGGCCCCCAACCCACUGUGGGCGCUGAUGCAGAGCCUGCUCCCGCCGCGGCUCAGACGGCAGUCAGCAGUAACAACCAGGCCAAAGGCGUCAAGGUAAAGGAGGAGAAUAUCAUCCCUCAGAUCAAACUGGAGCCUCACGAGGUUGAUCAGUUCCUCAAUCUUUCACACAAAGGCCUGGAGUCCCUACAGAUGCCUCCCACUCCUCCCAGUUCCCACAGCAGCGACUCGGAGGGCAGCCAGAGCCCCGUCCAUGCCACACCCAGUCUGUCCUGCCCCACAUCCCCCACCAGCCCACAGCCAUCCCAGACCACCCUGAAGGUGUCGCCUCGCGCUGCUUCAUCUCUGUCCAACUCCCCCCUGCUCACCGCUCCACACAAACUUCAGGGUUCAGGACCGCUGAUCCUGACCGAGGAGGAGCGCCGCACGCUGGUGGCGGAAGGUUACCCGGUUCCUACCAAACUGCCGCUCACUAAAGCUGAAGAGAAGGCGCUGAAGAAAAUCCGCAGGAAGAUCAAGAACAAGAUUUCAGCUCAAGAGAGUCGCAGGAAGAAGAAGGAGUACAUGGAUGCUCUCGAGAAGAAGGUGGAGAACUGCUCCAACGAAAACAAUGAGCUGCGCCGGAAAGUGGAGACUCUGGAGUGUACAAACACGUCUCUGCUGCAGCAGCUGCAGUCUCUGCAGGCGGCGGUUGCAAGGAAAGUCCACAAGUCCUGCAGGGCGGCUGGCACCCAGACAUCAUCAUGCCUAAUGGUGGUCGUCUUGUGUUUCGCUCUGUUUCUGGGGAGUUUUUAUCCCAGCAGUCUGAAUCCGUGCUCAACCAUCACCGAACCAGGCGUUGCGUCCAAACAGAUGGCUGUCCAAGAGUCCUACACAGCCACAGUGAAGUCCAGGAGUCUUUUAUCAGCCUUCGAAGACGAACAGCCGCAGCUCCUUGGCCUGGGCGGCGAAUACCCCGACCAGUGGGAGGACACGCCAGCCGUCGUCAUGGCAGCAUGGCGUCGCUCAGAACAGCAAAAAGUCAUGGUGGAACCCAACAGGGUGGAAACCCACCCACCUUUCAGGAAUAAAAUCAACGAAACGCAGUCACAAAAAAAACUGCUGCUGGACCUGCAAAGGUCUCUGGAGCAGAGGGCGAAUGAAAGCAGAAGUAAAGUGAUAGAGCUGGAGAGGUCGGUAAACGAGACCUCGUGAGUUUAAAGUUAACGCCCCCGGUUUGGAGCAUACUCGGUGUCCUGGAGCCUCGUGCAGCAGCUCUCAGUGCUGAUUGAUUAAGGUUUUUGUUUGACGCUAUCUCUGCUCAAUCAGAUACACUGUAACGGUAGAUGUAAAAACGGAGGCACUGGUGGCCUUUAUUUCUGAAUUAAAGUUGCACUGAUAGUUUCACGAGUCAGCUGGUUGCCUUAAUUAACCCAGCUUGAGACACUAUUUAAAAAAAAAAAAGAAAAAGAAGAAAAAAAAAUCACUUUGAAAGUAGUGCGGCAAUUAUUCCAGAGAAAAUUAUCUUAAAAUAUCACUUGAGGCUUUGUAAAGGACACUGAUGACGACUUCUGUAUUUAUAGAAACUUAUUUGUUAAAUAUUUUUAUUUCCUUUCUUUUCACCCCAUUUUGAUACAUGCUUGUGUUCAAACUGUAUUUUAUGUUUUUAUUAUUUUAUUCUUUUAUAUAUAUAUAUAUAUAUAUGUUUUUCAUAUUUACUUUAUCUCAAUCAAAUGUAUGUGACAUGAGGCUUUGUUUCUGGCUCAUUUGCAAAAUCUCAAGAGUUUUCUAAAUUAAUAUUUUUAGAUGUUUAAAAAGUCCAUAGAUUGAAAUAUCGUCAUUUCACACAUAUCAACGCACCCAUAAAAACACGGUUGAUAUUUUUAUCGGUUAGCUUCAUCUUCAGCUCCAUCCGUGUUCAUAUCUCCCCGUUUUUCACAGUAAAUACAAAAAAAAGGUAGAAAAGCAGCUUACUUUGCAGUACUUUUCUUCCAUAAAUGUUUGUAUUUGACAUUUGUUAACGGUUUUAGCUUAUUUUCACAUGUAUGUCCUAAGUUCUCUUCUGUUUAUAUAAUGGUUUGACUGUGUGCAGGUCAGAAGUCAUUAUGUGAUACUUGGUGUCCUUUUUAAACGUAUUUAAUUUUUGGUUGACAACCAAAAUGAGUUUUAGUCGGAAAGUCUCCACCGAACCAUGUUAACUGUGUGUUCUUUAUGUUAAGGUACUUCAGAUUAGUGUUGUCAGGAUAGAAGUGCUUCCUGUCAUAUUCUGGACGUUAAAAUUAAACUGAGUAUUUCCUCAAAUGAUGAACUGCUCCUUUGGAAACCCAAAAGCAUCUGAAUGAUAAUUCCCUUUUAAAUACUAUGAUGCUUUGGCCUUGUACUUAAGCUAUCACCUUCAACAAUUCUCCCCUGCUACAUUUCAGCAUCCGUCAAAAAUACUUUUCCCAUAUAGAAAAGGAGUUGACUUUAUGUCGGUGUUUGGUUUGUUUCGAGAUCAUGUGUACAGUCUGUCAGCAGAAGUUUUUUUUUUUUGGUUUUUUUCUUCUUCUUUUCAUGCUUAAGCUUUAAGAAAACACGCUGUAAAUACAAGUGCAAAGAAACAGUUGCAGAAUAAAAAUGCUGACAGAUGGUGUUGUCCAGUUUUGAUACUGAAACAUGUGUCACUUUCAAGAUCAGUGGCUUCAUCUGUAAAGCUUUGUAUAUGUUAAUGGGAUGCACUGACGGUAGUUUUUGUAGAAAACAUUCCCUUCUGCUCGGUCUGCAAAGGCUCUGUUGGAAAGAUCUUUGUAAACAAGACAGACCGGUUGGAUUUCUGUUCUUUUUCUUUUUUGCUUUAUGUAAAAUAUCUUCCAGUUACAUCAUAGAUCUCAGCCAGUUAAGAAAAUGUUUCUAAAUCAAAUUUCAUAUCUUUGAUAUUCCUGUGUAAAUGUGGUCUGAAUUGUCUCUUGUCUUCUUGCUUUUUAAAUAAAUAAAGUAUUUUCCUUAGUAAAAGCAUCAAGCAUGAUGUUCGAGAUGGUGUGUUUUCUUGUGGUAAAGUUGUCAACAUUCAGAAUAAGUAACUUACGACCGCAGAACAAGAAGUGGGUAAUGAAAAAAGUGCAACGUCUUUUCAGGAAGCAUUUCUUCUUAGUUUGUAAUGUAAUGUAAUAAAAAAAAAUGAAAGUCAUGUUGAGUUCUGAAAAACAGGAAACCUAAGAAAAACUGCUUAGUAGAAUUUCUAAAGAAAGAAUAAGAAGAAAAGACUGAGGAAGAUUCAUUAGAAGAUAACCUUUUGUACUUUGAGAGGUUAAUAAUAAACAUCUUAACAAGUCGAAUGUAUUUUUGAAUGAGGACUGUUACUUGAUGAAACUUAAUUUUAUGUUCUGCGCGAGGGUUGACAGGUCAUGCUUAGGGCUUACCUUGUUACCAGUGGGCCAUUUGAAGGAGACAUCGUAUUACCUUGUUUUCCAAAGUUAAGUCAGUUUACCAACACGCUUUGGUCAAAAUUACACAAGGACACAAUACGCAAGUUCCUCUUUCACCCAUGUCGGUACUGCUAUGUUCACAGCAGGUGGUUUUAGUUACUCAACCCCAGCACACAUGUUCCUCCAGAGUUAGCCUCUUGUGAAUCUCUUGACCUUAUAAAGUUGUGUAAUUUUGAGUAAAAAUUAUAUAAAUAUAUGCA